AUGGAGAACACCCUCGCGCACGAUGUUGGGAGGGCGGUGGCCGACACUGAGCCGGUGAUGGCCUGUUGGUUCGCCUACAUGGAGUACGAGAGAGCAAGCCACCGGCUCUCCCGCGUCCCCGUCCACCUCCGCGACAACAACGCCAACGAUUACACGCCGGGGUUCGUCGCCAUCGGCCCGCUGCACAACCGCGAGGACCGGCGCCUCCGCCCCGCCGAGCGGCUCAAGGUGGCGUACCUCAAUGGCCUCAUCUCUCGCGGUCACCCUGACCCCGCGCACCACCUCACCGUCAUCCAAGACUACGUCCGCAUCAUGGCCGCCCGCGAGCAGGAGGCCCGGGCAAUGUACGUCAGCGAGGAGCUCGCCGACAUCGCCGCCGACGACUUCAUCCAGAUGAUGGUGCUCGACGGCUGCUUCAUCAUCGAGCACCUCAUCAACGUCGCCACCGGGCGCGAUGAGCCGUCGCUGCACGCGACGCCCUUCGGCCCCACGCAGCUCUCCGUGGACCUCGUCCUCGCCGAGAACCAGAUCCCAUUCUUCGUCCUCGUCGACCUCAUUACCGCCAGCAGGCUGCCGGAGUUCGAGGCCACCGGUUACCCCCCGCCGGUGCUCCUCGUGAAGCUCGUGAUGUUCUACCUCGUCGACGAGAAGGGCCGCGACAUGAGUGACGACGCGCUCCCCGCGGCAGACGGCGUCUCCCACAUCCUGCACCUGCUCUACGAGAUGGUCACCGCGGCGCGGACGCGGUGGGAGCCGCCCCCGCGCGCCAUCCAGGACGGCGCGGUGAUGGAGAUGGCGCAGGAGGCGGCCCGACUGCUGCGCCGCAUCCCGCUGCUUCUGUUCGUGCCGCUGCUGUACCCGAUCCUCCCCGAGGACAAGAAGUGGAGCGCGAGCUACGGGAAGGAGGACGUGCCGUCGGCGAGCGACCUGAAGCGGAUGGGCGUGCAAUUCAAGAAGGCACGCGGCGGGUCCGGGAGCAAGCCGGUGGUGGGCAUCGCGUCGGUGCUUGGCCCCGUGCCGUUCGCCAUGAAGCUGACGCAGCACGAGGACAGGCUGCAUCUUCCCCAGCUCCGUCUCGAGUUCCGCACGGCGCCGCUGCUGCUGAACCUCAUGGCGUUCGAGCAGUCGUCCUCAUCCUCGUCCUCUGCCUCUGCGACGACGACAACUACGGUAGCCCCGACGGUCGUGUCGGCGUACACGUCGUUCAUGGCGAAGAUGUUGCAGUCGGCGGAGGACGCCGGGGUGCUGUCGGCGGCGGAGGUGGUGCAGCAGCACGGCGGCGCCGGCAACGAGAGCAAGGAGGAGGUUGCGAGGUUCUUCAGGAAGAUGGGCGCCGCCAGCGAGGCGGCCGGCGGCGACCUGCUGCUCGAGAAGAGCUACCUGGGGCGGCUGCUGGAGAAGCUGCGGGAGCGGAGCCGGCACCCGCUCUAUGUCAUGUGGGCCGACGUUCAGCGGAACUACUUCACGCUGCCGUGGGCCGUCGUCGUCGAGUUUGUCGCCGUCGUCACAUUUGUCUCCAGCAUGGUCCAGACAUACACCUCCGUCAAGUACCAUGGCUGACGCUCACCCCACCCCUUGCGCAUCUUACUUGUCUAUACUAUUGGAAGGAAUUUGCAUAUUUUUCGCACAUAAAUAUAAUUUUAUUUGAUUUGACAUGGUUUCAUUGUUGGAAAUGUCAUCUAUACGGAUAU